ACUCUUUAACACAAACCCCAAUACUUCUCUUCACUCAAUCACUGACACUCACAAACCUCAGAGUCACUCUCUCUCCCCCUCUCUCUCUCUCUCCCCUUCUCCUCUCUCUCUCUCUCUCUCUCUCUCAGAAUAUACCAAAAAUGAACCCAAACCCACUUCCCUUCCUCCUCCUCCUCCUCCUCUUCACCACUGCCACAGCAUCGACAACAUCAACCCUAGACCCAAAACAAAUAAGAGCCCUCCAAUCUCUCAACAUCCCUACAACAAAAGACCCAUGUGCCCUCAACUCAACCACCACUACUUGUGACUCUUCCACCCCAUUUCACCACCUCCUCUCCCUCCACCUCACAAACUGCUCAGAUGACCUAGAAAUCUCCACCACUGCACUCACCACUCUCUCCACUCUCACUUCCCUCUCUUUCACCAACUGCCCCAUUGCUCCACCACCUCAUUUCCCCCCUCUUCUAACUUCAAAUCUUCACUCUUUUUCUUGCAUCAACAGCCUUCAAAAACUCACUGGUGUCUUUCUGGGCCGCUUCAAGAACCUCACUCAACUAACACUUACUGGAGUCUCAAUCAAAGCUAGUGGCCCCACUAUCAUACUUGGGCCCAUGAAAUAUUUGCAAUCUGUCACUAUUUCUAACACUAAUCUCCAUGGUAUUUUGCCUAAGCAUUGGCAUUUGAAUCUGACCCACAUUGAUUUAUCCGCUAAUAAUCUCAGUGGUACAAUACCCUCUUCACUUACUCAUCUUGAAAAUUUAAAAAGCUUGAAUCUUUCUAACAAUUCUUUUACUGGAAAAAUACCCUUUUCAAUUGGGAACUUGGUUUAUCUCCAGAACAUUUCUUUGGCAUCGAAUUCGAUAUCCGGGGCAAUCCCUGAUUCAAUUUCAGAGAUUUCAGGGCUAUCCCACCUCGAUCUCGGCUCGAAUCAGCUCAAUGGGACAAUUCCCAAGUUCAUUUCAGAGAUGAGGAACUUGAAGUACUUGAAUCUUGAGAAAAACAAAUUUCAUGGGAUAAUGCCAUUUAAUGGUUCAUUUAUAAAGAGACUUGUGGUUUUUAAGAUAGGUGGGAAUGGUGAUCUUUGUUAUAAUCACACAUCUAUUUCGAAAAAAUUGAAGCUUGGCAUUGCUGCUUGUGACAAACAUGGUUUGCCAAUUCCCCCACCCCCAGCUAAGGAGGAUUCAUCUAGUGAUGAUAGUAAAAGUUAUGAGAAUGAUAGCGAUGAAGACGAGUCCGAUGGAAACAAUGAUGAUCAUCAUGGUCCAAGUAAGGUUGUUAUUGGUGUAGCUGUUGGACUCUCGUCGAUUGUGUUUCUUGUUAUUUUCUUCAUUCUGCUAUCUAAAUGUUGUAGAAGAUAAGACAUUGAGAAUAAGAAGUGAAUUGUUUUGUUUAGUUAGAUUAGGACAUUAAUAUCUUAGAUAAAUCUGUCUUUUAUUUAUCAUACAUUGUCGGUGUAUCGAUAAGUAACAGAGUGUUAAGUGAUGAUGUACUGCUAGGCAUUGGUCUAUGCUGAUCCUACUAUAAUUUUUUGUAGUGUAUGCAUUUUUCUUUUUAUGUAUAAGAUUUGUACUUCUUAUGUAUAAGAUUUGUACUAUUUUAACUUUGAUAUGGUUUUCUGCACAUUUGAGCUUGGAGUUCGAUUACAUAAUCCAUGGUUUAUAUUAUGUAUUUGUGUGACGUGUAAAUGUAUAACUAGCUGCCAAGCAGUGUGUUUGGCUUUGUGAUAUAUUAGAAGUCUGAUUUCUCAUUAGUAUAUCAUGACUUUAUGGUCUACCUUAUGCAAAUUGACUGAAUUAUUGCUGAAAAUGGUUCCUCUUGCUAUAAUACCACAUGGUUCUUAGUGGCUUGUGGCAUGUAGGGUGAUUGUGGUGGCCAAAUU